AUGUCUUUCCUGUCCGAGGUCGCCGUCCGCCGCCUGGUCACCGUCUCGCGCACUGCCGCCACAGCGACCGUGCCGAGGUCAGCGUUCAGCACCACCACCACCUUCCACAAGACCGCAACCGAGUCCGCUAGAGAUGUCCUGAAGAAGGCGGAUCGCGCUGUCAGCGACAAGCUGGUUGACGGCAUUGACGUCGCCGCCAGUGUCGGCACCAAGGUCAAGGAGGCCACCCAGGAUAUCACAACCGGCGAGGCGACGGGCAAGGCAGAGCAGUACCGCCGCGAGGCAUCAGGCAAGGCCAGCGAGCUUGCGGGAGAGGCCAAGGGCAAGGCCUCCGAGAUGGAAGGCAAAGCCAAGGGCGCGGCCGAGCAGAUGAAGAAGAAGAUGUAA